CCAAUAUGCCUCAUUUACCACUUCAUUAAGCGGGUUAAGCACACUUGCUCCUCCCAAUCCAGUAGCUUGUAGUGAUGAGACUAAUAUUUGUUCUUCUACUACUGCUUGGCAUCAGGAUGUGCGCAAUGGCGAGUCGCCAUGACUACCGCAACGCAUUGGCCAAGUCCAUUCUGUUCUUCGAGGGGCAGAGGUCGGGGAAGCUGCCUGCGGGCCAGCGAGCCAAAUGGCGCGGCGAUUCGGCGCUGAGCGACGGCGCUGAGGCCGGCGUCGACCUCGCCGGAGGGUACUAUGACGCCGGGGACAACGUCAAGUUCGGCUUCCCCAUGGCCUUCACCGCCACCAUGCUGUCUUGGAGCGUCAUCGAGUUCGGCGAGCUGAUGCCAGCCGCCGAGCUGCGCCACGCGGCAGCCGCCAUCCGCUGGGCCACGGAUUACCUGCUCAAGACCCUCUCGCUCCCCGGCGUCAUCUUCGUUCAGGUGGGGAACCCGAUAAGCGAUCAUAGCUGCUGGGAGCGACCGGAGGACAUGGACACGGCGAGAACGGUGUACAACGUGACCGCCGACCGGCCGGGGUCGGAGGUGGCGGGUGAGACGGCGGCCGCGCUUGCGGCGGCUUCGAUGGUGUUCCGGGAUAUUGAUCCGGGGUACUCGGACAAGCUUAUGGAGAACGCGAGGAGGGCGUUCGAGUUCGCCGACGCCUACAAGGGCGCCUACAGCGACGACCCAGGGCUCAAGGCCGGAGUUUGCCCCUUCUACUGCGACUUCGACGGCUACCAGGAUGAGCUACUCUGGGGAGCUGCGUGGCUAAGAAGAGCCUCACAAGAUGAUUCUUUCCUCAAUUACAUCCAAAACAAUGGAAAAAUUCUCGGAGCAGAUGACAACAUCAAUGAGUUUGGAUGGGACAACAAGCAUGCCGGUCUCAAUGUCCUCGUCUCCAAGGAGUUCAUGGAAGGUGGAGUGCUGUCGUUGGAGUCCUACAAGGGUUUCGCAGACAGCUUCAUGUGCACACUGAUACCUGAAUCGGCGUCGUCACACAUUCAGUACACACCUGGCGGCCUCAUCUACAAACCUGGGGGCAGCAACAUGCAGCAUGUCACUUCCAUCUCCUUCCUCCUCCUGACUUACGCCAACUACCUCUCCAAGUCCUCGCAGACUGUGAAUUGUGGCAGCGUCCAGGUUGCUCCAGCCUCCCUUCAGCUCCAAGCCAAGAGGCAGAUUGAUUAUCUACUUGGUGAUAAUCCGAUGAACAUGUCGUACAUGGUUGGAUAUGGUGGCAAAUAUCCAAAAAGAAUUCACCACAGGGGCUCUUCGUUGCCAUCGGUCUCCGCCCACCCUCAGCUCAUUUCAUGCAAGGAUGGCUCGGACUACUACAAGUCGCCGGAGCCUAAUGUCAACCGCCACAUCGGAGCGGUCGUCGGAGGGCCAGGGGAGGAUGAUGUUUACGAAGACAAUCGAGUGGAUUUUCGCAAAUCCGAGCCUACGACCUACAUCAAUGCACCAUUAGUUGGAGCUCUGGCUUACUUUGUGGCAAACCCUGAUGCUGGCCUUGUUCUUACUUAGGCUGGCUGAUGUGCAGGUCUCCAGUGGAGUCCCGUGUGUAAAGCAUGAAAAAGGAUCUGAAAAGGAAGAAAGAAAUUAAAAAGAGCAGAAAAUCAUAUGUUUUGUUAAUUACAGAGUGAGGAUUGUUUACAGAGUUCAAAAUUUUCUUGAAAGGAAUGUUUUGCUUGUUUUGAUA